UUGGAAGCUUAAACUACACCAGAUGCUGACUGAUACAUCAGGAGGACCUUUUUGCAUCCUUUUCAUUUGAUUGGCUUCUCUCUAGCCUUUUCAUUUCACAGUGGGAAACUGAGGAGCCAGAACUUGUCUAAGCUGCCUGGAACUACAUUUCCCACACCAGGGCAAACAAGCACUCCAUGAACUGAAGCCAACUUAAUGGAAUACAUCAUCAUUGAUCCAGCUGGGAAAACUUGACCCCAGACCAGGCCAUGUCUUUCUUCUCUUCUAAGACUCCCCACCCUGUCUUGUCUUUCCCUCUUGUCUCUGUCCUCCUCCACUUCCUCCUCUUGGAAAUCUCUCUGACCCUCUAGGAGAACACAUAGCUUGUGUGUUGUGGUCACCUGCAGAGAAUGAGGAACCCCCAUAACAAGGUUUUGUUUGGAUAUUAAGAUGGAUGAUGACAUGCAUACACCACAGGGAAAUGAAAGGUUUAAUAUUUAUUUACAUCAUUGUAGUCUCUGAAGACAACAGGUCCCAAAUGACUCUAGAGAGCCAGGAAGUAGGUUAAUCUGAGUUUCUUUUGCGGUUGUGGGUGAGUGGUCAUGGCAGGAAGGGACUCAUGAAUCUCCCUCCAACCCUCGAUGCCAAAGAUCACAGCACCAGGUUUUGGUUUUUUUAAAUCAGCUUGUCCAGGUGUGGGGAAUUAGGGGAAGAGAGAGGACAAGAGUUGAGCCUCUCCUCUCACUGUUAUUGACUACUGGCAUGCCCUUGUUUGUUAGUCUGGGUUUCUAGGUAGGUCCAUUGUCUACUGGGAAGUGAUGACAGUGAUAUGGUCCUCAAGAUGAGAUGAGGCUUUGGAUGAUAAUAUGGCUUUUAGCAACGGGUUUCAGCGGGGAGCAGGAACUUGCGAUUUCUAUUUUUUACAGUCUUCACAUCUUCCAUCCUUGGGCCCUCUCCCCCAGAUCUGUCCGACACUGCCCACAUUCCUUAGCUGGGCCCUCCCACUUAGCAGUGGCUCAGCUCUGGCUCCUACAUUCCCUGUGGACACUCCCCUGAACUGGAAAAGUCAUCCCUCAUCCCUUUCCUCUCUUGUCUCCAAUCGGACAUGCUGGUAAUUCCUGUUUGGGAUGGCCAAAAAGAUAAGGCCUGGCAUGGCGCCCAUAUGUCAUCACAGGACUCAAAGCUAUUUUGGGUAGGAACCCGUCUCCUGACCAAAUGUCUAUUCUGGACCCCUGCCCUCUUGGCUCUGGCUGUCUCCCCUUCUCCAGGAACAACAUGGAGGACCCUGGAGCCACCGAGAGAGCAACGGAUUGUUCAACUUCUGCCCAGCCUCCUGUUCCAUGACCCCAGAAGUCUCCUGGCCACAUACAUUGGUGUCUCUGGACCACCAGGCAGACCAUGAGAGGCUGAAUAACUUCGGGAGUCACAGCUCAGGAACCAGUGCUGUUUUAAGGGCAGCCGGGGACAAGCAUCCUCUCCCCAAAUGCUACAGAGAGAACUGUUAUCGCAGCUGCUUUUGUUUAGACUUCUGGCUGGUGCCCCUCAGGACCUUGCUGUGCCCGAUGGCUAUACAAACCGGACCGGUGCUGUGUACCUGUGCCCCCUCACUGCCCUCAAAGAUGACUGUGAACGGAUGGACAUCAAAGAGAAAAGUGAUCCGGACCAUCACAUUAUCGAGGACAUGUGGCUUGGGGUGACCGUGGCUAGCCAAGGUCCUGCGGGUCGAGUCUUGGUCUGUGCCCACCGCUAUACGAAGGUGCUGUGGUCGGGAGUAGAGGACCAGCGGCGCAUGGUGGGCAAGUGCUACGUGCGGGGUAAUGACCUAGAGCUGGACUCCAGUGACGAGUGGCAGACAUACCACAAUGAGAUGUGCAACAGCAACACGGACUACCUGGAGACCGGCAUGUGCCAGCUGGGCACCAGCGGCGGCUUCACCCGGAACACUGUGUACUUUGGUGCUCCUGGGGCCUACAACUGGAAAGGAAGUAGCUACAUGAUUCAGAGGAAGGACUGGGAUUUAGUUGAAUAUAGCUACAAGGACCCAGAGGACCAAGGAAAUCUCUACAUCGGUUACACAAUGCAGGUAGGCAGUGCUGUCCUGCACCCCACGGACAUCACUAUUGUGACAGGCGCCCCACGGCACCGACAUAUGGGUGCCGUCUUCUUGCUGAGCCAGGAGGCAGGCGGAGACCUGCGGAGGAGGCAGGUGCUGGAGGGCACACAGGUGGGCGCUUAUUUUGGUAGCGCCAUUGCCCUGGCAGACCUGAACAAUGAUGGGUGGCAGGACCUCCUGGUGGGUGCUCCGUACUACUUUGAGCGGAAGGAAGAGGUAGGAGGUGCUGUCUAUGUCUUCAUGAACCAGGCAGGAACCUCCUUCCCCACCCACCCGUCCCUCCUUCUUCAUGGCCCCAGUCGCUCCACCUUCGGCUUCUCUGUGGCCAGCAUUGGUGACAUCAACCAGGAUGGAUUCCAGGACAUUGCUGUGGGAGCCCCAUUCGAGGGCCUGGGCAAAGUAUACAUCUACCAUAGCAGCUCUGGGGGGCUCCUCAAACAGCCCCAGCAGGUAAUCCAUGGAGAAAAAUUGGGACUCUCUGGCUUGUCCACCUUCGGCUACUCUCUGAGUGGACACAUGGACGUGGAUGAGAACUUUUACCCAGAUCUGUUAGUAGGAAGUCUGUCAGACCACAUCGUGCUGCUGCGGGCUCGACCUGUCAUCAACAUCGUCCACAAGACCUUGGUGGCCAGGCCAGCUGUGCUGGACCCCACACUCUGCACACCCACCUCCUGUGUGCAGGUUGAACUGUGCUUUGCCUACAACCAGAGUGCUGGGAACCCCAACUACAGGCGAAACAUCACCCUAGCCUACACCCUGGAGGCUGACCGUGACCGCCGCCCACCACGGCUCCGCUUUGCUCAAAGCCAGUCCGCCAUCUUCCAUGGCUUCUUCUCAAUGCCAGAGAUGCAUUGCCAGACGUUGGAGUUGCUUCUGAUGGACAACAUCCGAGACAAACUCCGGCCCAUUGUUAUUUCUCUGAACUACUCUUUACCUCUGCGGAUGCCAGAGCGCCCACGGCUGGGGCUGCGGUCGCUGGAUGCUUACCCAGUCCUCAACCAGGCCCAGGCUCUGGAGAACCACACUGAGGUCCAGUUCCAGAAGGAGUGUGGGCCAGACAACAAGUGUGACAGCAAUCUGCAGAUGCGGGCUGCCUUCGUGUCAGAGCAGCUGCAGCGGCUGAGCAGGCUCCAGUACAGCAGGGACAUCCGGAAACUGCUCUUGAGCAUCAAUGUCACCAAUAUUCCCAGCCCACAGCGGGCUGGGGAGGAUGCCCACGAGGCGCUGCUCACCCUGGAAGUGCCUCCUGCCCUGCUCCUGUCCUCAGUGCGCCCAUCUGGAACAUGCCAAGCUAAUGAGACCAUCCUGUGUGAGCUGGGGAACCCCUUCAAAAGGAACCAGAGGAUGGAACUGCUCAUUGCCUUUGAGGUCAUCGGGGUGACCUUGAACACCAGGGACCUUCAGGUGCAGCUGCAGCUGUCCACGUCAAGUCACCAAGACAACCUUCGGCCCAUGACUCUGACUCUGUUGGUGGACUACACACUCCAGGCAUCACUGAGCAUGGUGAAUCACCGGCUACAGAGCUUUUUUGGUGGGUCUGUAAUGGGCGAGUCUGGCAUGAAGACUGUAGAGGAUGUGGGAAGCCCCCUCAAAUAUGAGUUCCAGAUAAGCCCAGUGGGGGAGGGGCUGGCAUCCCUGGGCACACUGGUUCUAGCUCUGGAGUGGCCCUAUGAAGUCGCCAAUGGCAAGUGGCUACUGUACCCAACGGAGAUCACCAUCCACGGCAAUGGAUCCUGGCCCUGCCUCCCGCCUGGAAACCUUGUCAACCCUCUCAACCUCACGCUGUUUGAUCCUGGGGACAGACCACCAUCUCCACAACGCAAGCGGCGACAGCUGGAUCCAGGGAGUGGACAGGGCCCCCCACCUGUUACUCUGGCUGCUGCCAAAAAAGCCAAAUCUGAGACUGUGCUGACCUGUGCCAGUGGCCGUGCCCAUUGUGUGUGGCUGGAGUGUCUCAUUCCUGAUUCCCCCACGGUCACCAAUGUGACUGUGAAGGCCCGGGUGUGGAACAGUACCUUCAUCGAGGAUUAUAGAGAUUUUGAUCGAGUCAGGGUAGAUGGCUGGGCUACUCUGUUCCUGCGAACCCAUGUCCCCACCAUCAACAUGGAGAACAAGACCACGUGGUUCUCCGUGGACAUCGACUCUGACCUGGUGGAGGAACUGCCAGCUGAGAUCGAGCUGUGGCUUGUUCUUGUAUCUGUGGGUGCGGGGCUGCUGCUGCUGGGCCUGAUCAUCCUUUUGCUGUGGAAGUGCGGUUUCUUCAAGCGAGCCCGCACUCGUGCCCUGUAUGAAGCCAAGAGGCAGAAGGCGGAGAUGAAGAGCCAGCCUUCAGAGACGGAGAGGCUGACCGACGACUACUGAGGGGGACAGCCCCCAUCCCGGCCCACCUGGUGUGACUUCUUUAAGCGGACUCGUUACUACCGGAUCAUGCCCAAGUACCAUGCCGUGCGCAUCCGGGAGGAAGAGCGCUACCCGCCUCCAGAGAGCACCCUGCCCAUCAAGAAGCACUGGGUGACCAGCUGGCAGACUUGGGACCGAUACUACUGAUGUUUUCCCCAGUCCUCCCUGACCCCCACCCCCUGCCCUGAUGUGCCCUUUCUUCCUAUUUAUCAUAACUUAUGCCUCCAUUGGCCCACGAGGGCCACUGCCUUUGGCCGGCCCCAGCAGGCUCAGGCACACGCGCCCCCUCCCCCCUUCAGGCACAGGCCUGUGCUGUCUGGCUGCGGGCAUCUCCCUCAGGGCCUCACCAUGCUGAGCACGCUGUAGCCUGGCACCCUGGACACACAUGGGGCCCACUGCUCAUGGCCUGUGUUUAUGUAUCGUGUCCCAGCCUCUGCCUGUGCCAAAACCAAGCCAAAGGACCUCUGCCAGAGCUGGAAGGAAGAAAAGGUCCCCAAUGUGAUACACCUUCCCUUCCACACUGGAUCCAACUUGAGCCAUAGUCACUGGACUGACUUCGCUGUCCAGAGGAAAACUACUGACCGGUAGCCGCCGACCUGGCCCAGCUGUAGCUCCCAGGCACUCACCACAGAGUUGGUCCCACCGAGGACUCUCCCAGGGGGGAAGCACACUCACCGGCACUGAGCUCAGACCCAAGAGCCACGAACUAGAAAGCAGGUCCAUAGAGUGUUUUCUUUCCUGGAUUUCUGAAGCUUCUCUCCUUGGCCCCAACUGGACUGGCAGGGAACACAGCCCAGAGGAACAAAGAGAAACAGUGGGCAGCCUGGGCACACUGGGCUAGGAUGCCUCAGGAGACCAGAGGGCAGUUGUGGCUAAGCAGAUGUUGGCAAGAUGCAGAAGGCAUCAAUUCAGGCCACCACCACCACUGCCCCAGCCUCAUCCGGGCCUGGAGAGAUCCACUGGGAACUAAACUUGAAUGUAGGACCUGGAGGGAGCCCCUCCCCUGUCCCAGGAAGCCACACCCACUCUCCCCACUGACUAUGGGUUGGAGCCUGGAGUCUCCUUGGCUGUUCUUGGCUCUUGCCCCUUCUGUAUCCCAGGGCCCAUUAUAGCAGUUGAGGUUGGUUCCCAAGACCUCUCCUGACCCCUGCUCACUGGUAGGCCCACUCCCCAACCUCACCCUUCCAUGGUACUGUAGCAGGGGGGCUACCCUACCCCCCCUUGUGCCUUCUUUGUAUAUGGGCUUCACACGGCUACCAAUAAAUAGCUCCCAGUUUGUA